AUGGUACUGAGCAGGAUAAACGGCUCGGAAGAGCUGUUUGUGGGAGGCAUCUUCGGCGUCACACGCCCCCGCGUCAUCACCGAGCACAAAAUCACCCACGUCCUCUCCGUCAUCAAAUACUCGCUCGACAGCCUCCAAAAUGAAGCCUACCGAUCCCUGCAGCACAUGUCCAUCGACAUUGACGACAUGGACGACCAGGAUAUCCUGGUGCAUCUGCCCAAGAUGGUGAGGUUUAUCCAGCGGGGGUUAUACGGACACGACUACACCGAGGAGAAGCAGCAACAACAACAAGAACAACAAGGACAACAACAGCAACAAGAAGAAGAAGAAGAGGCGGCAAAGGGAGCGGUGCUGGUUCACUGCGCCAUGGGGAAAUCCAGGUCUGUCACGGCCAUAGUGGCGUAUUUGUUAUGGAAACAUCCCCAUCGGUUUGGGCUUGGGAAGGGGGCGGUUGAUGCCAAGGAGGCGGUCGCAAAGGCGGUGCAGUGGGUGAGGGGGACGCGGCCGAUUGCUGAGCCGAACGAGGGGUUUAUGGAGCAGUUGGAGCUGUGGGUUGAGAUGGGGUGUCCGGCCGGGAGUGAUGAUGCGGUGGAGAAGGAGGUCAAGUAUCAGAGGUGGUUGUAUAAGAAGGAGGUGGAGACAGCCGCGGCGGUGGGGAGGGCGCCGGAUUGGAUCCGGUUUGAGGACGAGGAGGCUGAAAAGGAGCAACAGAAACAAGACGAAGAGGGAGGAGGGGGGGCGUUUGAGUUGAGGUGUAAGAAGUGUCGCAGGAGGCUGGCGACGGAGCCGUUUGUUGUACCGCAUCAAGGCAGGGGGAAUAAGGCCAAGGAGGAUUGCCCGCACUACUUUGUGGAGGCCUUGUCAUGGAUGAGGGAUACACUUGAGCUGGGGGAACUGGAAGGGAGGCUCAACUGCCCGCAUCCAAAGUGCGGGUCAUCAGUGGGGAGGUAUUCCUGGAGGGGUUUCAAGUGCAGCUGCGGGGAUUGGGUAGCCCCGGCCUUUUCCCUGCAGCAGAGCAAGGUUGACAAGGUCGCCGUGAUGGGCGCAGGGAAGAAUGGCACGGCCGGAGCGAACGAGAUAGCGAGCCGGAUGGCUGCGCUGGGAAUACGGAUGCCUCCGGGGCAGAGGGCAGAGAACCUUUGA